CAUCAUUUUCUUUAUUAAGUUGAAAGUCACUUGAGUCCAGUGAUGAAGGUUGUGUCGUUCCUCUUCAUCCUCACGGUGUGUCUGAACUCAUCUUGUGUCCUGACGAAGACUCUGGAGUUCUUCAUCGCUGCUGUGGAGACUAAAUGGGAAUAUGAGUUUACUGAAACCAAAGAUCCAGUGGCAAACCAGAGAAAGUUCGCAUCUGGUGUUCAGAAAUACAUCAAGGCUGUAUACACAGAAUACACUGAUUCCACCUUUACCACCGUAAAGCCAAAGCCUCCGUGGGCUGGUAUUCAGGGUCCGACCAUCAGAACAGUCGUUAAUGACAGAGUCGUUAUCCACUUCAAAAACUUUGCCUCCCACUCCUUCAGUAUUUCCCCGAUCGGCAUUCCAUACUGGAAACAAUCGGAAGGCGCAGGCUACGAGGAUUCGACUUCUCUUCCAGAGAGAGCGGACGAUGCAGUGUCUCCUGGUGGUUAUUAUAAGUAUGUGUGGGACGUUUCGCCCAGCAGUACACCGACAGCGUCAGACCCCGACUGUCUCACCUACAUCUACUCAUCACAGGUGGACAUCGUCCGAGACUUCAACAGCGGCCUCAUCGGAGCUCUGCUCAUCUGCAAAAUAGGUGUCCUGACUGAGGAGAGACGGCGAACCGUUCCGGAGUUUGUUCUUCUGUUUGCUGUCUUUGAUGAAAGUAGGAGCUGGUAUCGGGAGGUGGGCCGAAUGGACAAACCGAAAAAAACACCCGGUCAGUUUCACACCAUCAACGGAUACGUCAACUCAACCCUGCCAGGUCUAACCGUGUGUCUGAAGAGCCCUCCGGUGUCCUGGCAUCUCAUCGGUCUUGGCUCCACCCCAGACAUCCACAGCAUCCAGUUUGAAGGUCACACUCUGAAGGUGUUGGAUCACAAGCGGGUGACGGUGGAAAUGACCCCCAUGACCUUCACCACGACCCUGAUGAAGCCGAUGGCUGCAGGGCGCUUUCUGAUCUCCUGUAAGAUCCAUUCUCAUCGGACAGCCGGCAUGAAUGCGUUCUUCACUGUUAAUAACUGUAAUGAACCGGUGGUGGUCCCGAGCCCAGAAAAACGAAAUGUCAAACUUCCUGAGGAGGUGAAGGAGGAUGAUGAAGACAACAUGUUCUCCACCAUCGUAUUCAAGCCAGGAGGACCCAUGACUGUACUCCGCUCCAGCGCCAAAGGAAGACCAAAGAUCUGGGUCCAUUUCAUCAGUGCCGAGGAAAUCGACUGGGAUUAUACAUCUCACAGCGAUGACCGGCUUUCAUCAUCUUCCUCGUCCUCAUCUGAGUGGUUCAGAAAGGGUCCUCAGCGUUUGGGUGGGGUGUAUAAGAAGGUUUCGUAUGUUGAGUACACAGACAAGACGUUUACCGUAAAGAAGAGCACCGGCCGAAUGUUGCUGGGUCCUGAGCUCAGAGGAGAAGUCGGAGAUACGUUUCAGAUUGUUUUUAAAAAUAUGGCCAGCCAACCAUUCAACAUUUAUCCAAAUGGCCUGACCAGCAUUCAGCCUCUAAAGAAAACAGAAAAAGGCAAGCAGGUGGACCUGCGGUCGUUGGCCGUACCCCCGGGUAUGAUAAUGAUGUACCUCUGGAAGCUGACAGCAGAAGACGGGCCCACAGAAGCCGACCCACGCUGCCUCACCCGCAUAUACCAGAGCACGCUGGACCCGCUUCGUGAUGUGGCGUCCGGGCUCGUAGGACCUCUCAUCAUCUGCAAACAUCAAUCUCUGGACAAAAAAGGCCGAGUGGUGACAUCAGACAAAGAGAAGAAACUGCUGUUUACGGUGUUCGAUGAAAACCAAAGCUGGUUCUUUGAGGAGAACAUUAAGAGGAACAGUGAAGAUCCAGCGAAGAUCAAACUCAACGAUCCGCAGUUCUACGAUUCCAACGUCAUGCACACGGUCAAUGGUUUCAUGUUCAACCAUCUGCAGUUCAGGAUGUGUGUCGGUGAUGUCAUACUCUGGCACGUGGCCAGCGUCGGGAUGCAGAACAACUUUCUGUCCGUCUACUUCACCGGAAACACGUUUGAGAAGGACAAAACAUACGGAACGGUUCUCACACUCUUCCCGAUGACCGGAGACACGGUGACCACUGAAGUGGAGAUGCUGGGUGAAUGGGAUGUCAGCGCGUUUGACCCGUCUCUGAAAAAUCGAGGCAUGAGCGUCCGCUACAGUGUGGUUAACUGCGAAAGAGUUCUCCCCGUGGUCGACAACGAAGACUAUGAUGAAGAUCUCAUGGAUCUCAUUGAACAGAAAUUUCCAGUUCCACGGGGCACAACGGAUAAAGAGCGCACAAUCGCCAUCCGCGUGUGCAGGAACAGAACUGCGACGGAUUCGGCAGAGGGGUGGGGAAACGUCAGCCGUUCUUCAGACAAUGAGAGACAAAACAGAAGCCCAGUGUGUGAGAUUAGAUAUCUGUCGGCCAAGAGGAACAAAGAUAUGGAUGAGCUAUCACAGGGCGGUAUCCCGCAGGAUGUUCUGGAUCAACUGGACGUGGAGACGAGUGGAAAUUCUGUGGAACGUCAGAAGAGGUCCCACCUCCUCUCGGAGGCGUACAGGAGGAGGCCGGAGCUACCAAACGAGAUUCCUGAUUUGACUUUUAAUAUCACAGAAGUCACGGAAAUAAUAGACGAACAGCUUACUCUGAACGUUACAAACGUUGAGUCAAUAAACAGAUCCCAAUCCGAUCAACCUAAUAAAACAAGUGAUACGUUUGGAAAAUUAUUUCCAAGAGACAAAAACCGCGUUCAACACUUAAAGGAUCUUAAAGAGGGUUCAGGGGUCGUGUAUAAGAAUCAAACCGAUUUAAAAGUAAGAACUAGACGGGAGACGUGGACCAUCAACAAAGACAAACUAAAUGAAGCAGGUGUAAAAGUAGAGAAAGUUCAUAGCAUCAACGAAGUGCUGGAAGACUCUGGAAGUUCUGGUGUGAAGCGGGACAAGAUGGAGGAGAGUUUGGAUCCUCUGAGCUAUAAUUACAAAAACCCAAAGCCAUUUCGAGCAAACACCGAUGUUGAGGAACUCCCAUCAGGUUCUUUAGAGAAUCAGACGUACGGAAGAAAAUCAAACACGGAUGACUAUGAUGAUUAUAGUGAUGACGGGAGCAUUCUCAGCGGGGACCACGAUGAAAACAAUCAUUUUAACAUCAGGACCACAAUGUCCCCAUUCAGAAGUUACUACAUCGCCGCAGAGGAAAUCAUGUGGGAUUAUGGGAUUAAUCGACCUGCUCAGAUCAUUAAACAAAGUGAGAUGAGGAGAGGACAGAAGAAAUAUUUCCCAGCCUACAAAAAAGUGAUUUUCAGAGCCUACCAGGACCGAGAUUUCAAGAAUCCCAUCAAGCGUGGAGAACUAGAUGAGCACCUCGGCAUUCUGGGUCCGGUGCUGAAGGCUGAGGUCAAUGAUGUUCUCACGGUGGUUUUUAAGAAUCUGGCAUCCAGACCUUACUCAUUUCAUCUUCAUGGUGUGUACGAUAAGAUGCAGGGGAGUUUUGGGCCGGAGAUGAACACAGAGGGUUUCAAGGAUAAGGAGGAGGGACCGGGUAAUGCCGUCCCACCGGGCGAAAAGCGAGUUUACAGCUGGAGGAUCUCAAAAAGACAAGGGCCUUCAGCGGCAGAGUUUGACUGCAAGGCUGGAGCUUAUUACUCGGAUGUCGACAUGGAAAAGGACAUUAACUCUGGUCUGAUCGGUCCGAUGCUGAUAUGUCGUCCUGGGACCCUGCGUCCACGUGUCUUACUUCAGCCGGGGGUGACCGAUUUCUUUCUUCUCUUCACCACCUUUGAUGAAAGAAAGAGUUGGUACCUCUACUACAACAUCAGGAAGUUCUGCAUCCCGCCCUGCCAAGUCAGAGAAAACGACCCGUGGUUUGAGAUCAGCAACAAGUUUGCCGCUAUUAAUGGUUAUGUGUCUGAGACUCUUCCCGGGUUGAUCACUGAACAGUAUCAGACGGCCCGCUGGCAUCUCCUCAACGUCGGGAGCGGAGGAGAGUUUCACGCCGUGCAUUUCCACGGCCUGCCGUUCAGCGUCGGGAAAGACCAGGAACACCGCAUGGGAAUUUUCAACCUCUAUCCGGGUGUGUUUGUGACGGUGGGGACGAGGCCGUCCAUGGCAGGCACCUGGUUAAUAGAGUGCACUAUAGGAGAACAUCAGAUGGCCGGCAUGAGAGCAAAAUUACUGGUGUACAAUCCACGAUGUAUUCAGCCAUUAGGAAUGCAGUCCGGAUGGAUUCAUAAUGACCAAAUAACAGCCUCGGAUUACUACGGUGACUGGAAGCCGGGUUUGGCUCGACUGGAGUUAAGCGGCUCUGUUAAUGCCUGGAUGGGCUCCAGAAAAGAUUCUUGGCUCCAGGUGGAUCUGUUAAGGCCGAUGCUUGUUCAUGGUGUCCGGACGCAGGGUGCAAAGACGUCGAUGGGUCGGAGUCACUGCUUCACCAUCCAGUACACCAUCAGUUACAGUACAGACCAGCAGACCUGGUUCAACUACAGAGGAAACAGCACCAAGUCAUCUUACACCUUCAAUGGAAACAUGGACAGUUAUAAAAUAAAGGAGAAUUUGUUUUCUCCGCCCAUCGUGGGUCGAUACAUCAGGAUUCACCCGCUGACCUAUCAGGAACUGCCCACCCUGAGGAUAGAGCUGCUGGGGUGUGACGUCAACAGUUGUUUUAUGCCGUUGGGAAUGCAGCGUCACUUGAUUCCCAGCACAAGUAUCACAGCCUCAUCCUUCCUGAAUAAAUGGUUACGCUCCUGGAGUCCUGAUCUCGCCAGACUCCAUCAGGAAGGCCAAGUAAAUGCAUGGAGACCUAAGACUAAUAAUCCUGACGAGUGGUUGCAGGUGGACUUCGGUUCAAUGAGGAGAGUGACAGGUGUGGUAACACAGGGAGCUCGAUCCAUGUUGAAACAUAUGAUGGUCACUGAAUUUAGCAUCUCCAUCAGCAGUGAUGCUCGCAGCUGGACCAGUGUGAAGGAGCAGCUCAAAGAUAAAGAGAAGAUUUUCGAAGGAAACAGUGAAUACGAUGAGGAGAUGCUGAACUUGUUUGAUCCUCCGCUCUUCACACGCUUCAUCCGGAUUCAUCCGACAGGCUGGGUAAAUGACAUCGCCCUCCGCAUGGAGUUUCUGGGCUGUGAUACUCAACCACCACUUUGAGAAAGAAACGCAGAUGUGUUAUUCGUGUAAUCUCUGUUCAUGAUAAACAAGAUCUUAUAACCGCUGUCUAUGUGAGCGUACACGUUUCUUAUGGAUUGCUGUAAAUUAUAACAGUCAAUUCGUCAACGUGCUGCUCGCAUUAUUCUGGUGAGGAAAUACACACUUACCAGCACACAUGCCGUCACGUAUUCAUACAAGUUUUUCAGCACUUGGAAGAUUAUUUUUAUAUAUGUUUGUAUAUACUGGUCUGGAUUAACUACUGAAUUUGACGUAUGCUGUAGUUUUGCACUGUAAAACAAGAGUGAGGUUUAUGUUUUAUAAAAUAUUUAAAAUAAAGUUUUAUGGUUAAACGUC